AUGCCAUCAAAUCGUUCUACUAGUUACACCAGUCCAAAAGUUCAAAACGAACAAAUAAAAAUAUGUGGAAAAGUAAUUUUAAAUAAGAUUGUCUCAAAAUGUAACGAAGCAGAAUGUAUAAGUUUACUAGCUGACGAAACUACUGAUAUCAGCAGCACUGAACAAUUUUCGUUAUGUGUUCGUUACAUUGAAAAAACUAACAGUGGAAUUAUUUUAAAAGAGGAUUUUCUAUCUUUUGUUCCUGUAAAUGAUGUUACCGGAAAAGGACUUAUGUGUACUUUACUGAAAACAUGUCAACAUUUAAAGUUGAAUCUAAAAUAUUUAGUAGGCCAAGGAUACGACGGAGCGGCAGCAAUGAGUGGAGAAUUUCAAGGGUGUGCUGCCAAAGUUAUGGAAAAAUAUCCUCAGGCAUUGUAUGUCCAUUGUGCUAGUCAUUCAUUAAAUGUAUUU